AAUUUAGAUAGUAACGAAGGACAUGAUUUGGAUGCGUGCGUACUUGUUUGAAGUCCCAAACCAAGUACGUUCAAACCCUGAGCUAUCACUUCUAUCGUGGACCUUGUCUCGACUAGUAGUGCAAAGUCAUACUAACCGGUACGAGGUCGUUUAAAAAUGUUUUUUUUACAACUUCGUCAGUUAAUGUGGAAAAAUUACGUUGUGAGAAUCCGAUCGAAAGCACGAGUAAUCGCAGAAAUUAUAUGGCCUUUGGCUAUAUUUAUCAUUUUGGCUCUUGUCCGACUGGAAGGUUUAAAGCAAUACCAAAAAGAAUGUUAUUUGAAGGAAAAAGCUUUACCAUCAGCCGGCCCGGUUCGAUUUUACAAAAGCCUAAUCUGCACGCCUAUGAACUGGUGUUACAAUGAUUACCAAAAUCACACCGACUUCUUUGAUGAAAUACUGGAAUUUGAGCGGGCUAGGAAGCUGAUUAGUCGAAUGGAAAACGUCCUGAUAAAGGGAUCCGCACACGUUGAGGCUGUGGUCAAUUUAGGUUAUUCUUCCGCUCUUAAACGGUUAUCUGUAUGGGACUCUGAUGGUGUCUACGAAGAAGGUCACGAAAAUGAACAAUCCCCGAAUUCCACCAACUCUUUGCUGCAAAACUUUACUACGGAUAUUCUGCCAUCGCCAGAUAAAAAAAAUUUUGGCGCACAAAAAAGAGAUGCAACUUUAUCAAAAAUUAGAAAACUCAAUUUUGAGGGUGGAAAAUCAGUCGAAUCUCUUGACGACCUAAAUGCGGAAUUUCAACGUUUGGAUUCAACAUUUUCCAUCUUCAAGGAAAUUUCUGAUUCAGAAAUUGGAAAGUUUGCUGAAAGACUAUGGAUUUCAAGAGACAAAAGCAACAUCGACAAUGAACCCAACUCGACUUCCGUUUUACCUCUCCUUACAACAGUGUGUGGUAGUAAUCCACUACCUUCGAGUUUCUACAGCUCAAGAGCAACUCCAAGACUCUCUAAGAAAAGAAAUUUGCAUCGUAGUCCGAGUAAUUUUGAAAGAAGCUCUCCCGUGAAAACCACAGACACCCUCCCGGAGAUUUGCACUGAUCUUUUUGCAACUUUACAGAACGAUUCGCGAACUGAAGCACUUUUUGAGUACAUCUAUCCUUUUAUAAGGGGAAGACUAGUUUACGCACCCAAUACACCUGCGUUUACUCGUUUGGUUGAAAAGGUGAACACAACUUUCCAGGACAUACAAACUAUUCAAAACUUGGCUAACGGUUGGCUGGAAAUUUCGCCUAACAUUACUUCCAUGUUGAACGACCUCGAAGAGACUAUUACUGAAGCCAUUGAUAAUUUUGAAAAUUCUCCCGAUAUUGUUGCAGUUUUGGAAGAGGCCCUCAUACGGAUACAGAGCAUCCAAAUCAUUGUAGUGCAACUAGACUCUCUCGCCAAAUUUUUUAGUGUGUAUAUCGAGUGUUACGAGUUCGAUAAAUUUGAAGGCUUCCCUUCUGAAGAAGAAGCUGUCGUUCGUGGUCUCAAUUUGUUAAACGAGAAUCAACUAUGGGCUGUCAUUAUAUUCGACAACGCCGACUCUAAUUUCACAUCAGAGGAUGAACUACCUAAACACCUUAAAUACAAGAUAAGGAUGGACAAAUUUGUUAUCGACACAACUGAGAGGAUAAAAGAUUAUGUGGAAACACCAUUACCCCGAAAUGACCCUCGUGCUGGGCACAUGAAAUAUUUUAGCUCUGGCUUUAUAUACUUACAAGAUAAAAUUGAGCAGUCAAUUACUGCACUCCAAUCUAUGAGUGAAACUUUUCCUGGGAUGUUUAUGCAACAAUUUCCAAGUCCUUGUUUUGUUUUCGACACAUUUCUUUUCGCCAUUGGACCUAGCUUUCCACUCUACAUGAAUCUAGCCUUCGUCUUCACUUGUGCCAUGAUCAUCAAAUCAGUUGUUUACGAAAAAGAACGUCGGCUCAAGGAAACUAUGAGAACGAUGGGAUUAAGCAACGGAGUCCAUUGGUUGGCAUGGUUUAUCGACAGUCUUCUCAUUUUGCUCUUCGCCUGUAUCAUGCUCCCACUUAUUAUCUACUUUGGAAACAUUUUGGAAAAAUCGAAUCCGUUCGUCGUUUUUGUUUUCCUCCUAAGUUUUAGUAUCGCGACCAUCUGUUUUAGCUUUUUGGUUUCAACUUUCUUCAGCCGAGCCAAUCUUGCUGCGGCAUCGGGAGCUUUUAUCUAUUUUCUUUGUUACCAACCAGUUAGUCUCCUCGACUUGGGUUUCGAAACAUCACCAUAUGCGGCCAAUCUUCUAUUGAGUCUUUUUUCGAAUGUUGCGUUUGGCAUUGGCAACGCAUAUUUGAUUGGACUUGAAGAAAGUGGAGAAGGUGCUCAGUGGAAUAAUAUUGGAACUAGUCCUAGAGAAGGAGACACCUUCUCACUGUUGGAAUGCAUAUUGAUGCUUUUGCUCGACUCAGUCAUUUAUUUAGUACUGACCUGGUACAUCGAAACAGUCUUCCCAGGGCAAUAUGGUAUUCCAAAACCAUGGUAUUUUAUGUUUCAGUCUUCCUACUGGUUUUCAGGUAAAGACAAUGCUAAUGUUGUCACCUUUGGCCCACGCUCUGGAGCAGAGAACUCGGAUCUUAUCGAAGACGAAUCCAGUAGAAACUUGAUGGUUGGAGUGAGCAUCCGAAAUCUAGGAAAAACCUAUUCAAACGGAAAAGUCGCACUUACCAAUCUCAAUCUGGAUUUUUAUGAGGAUCAAAUUACUUCCUUUCUUGGACACAAUGGAGCCGGAAAAACUACAACAAUUUCUAUCUUGACCGGACUGUUUCCCCCGUCGAGUGGUACUGCAUCAAUCAACGGUUUAGAUAUCCGUUACCAAAUAGACGACAUUCGGCAUCAACUUGGUGUAUGUCCGCAACACAACGUCCUUUUCGAUCAACUUACAGUGGAGGAGCAUUUGCGCUUCUUUGCAAAUUUGAAAACUGGAGAACAAAUGGAGUCUCGAAAAGAAAUUGACAAAAUGAUUGAAGACUUGGGGUUGUCGCACAAAAGGCAUGACAUAUCAGAACAUCUUUCCGGUGGAAUGAAAAGAAAACUUUCAAUUGGAGCCGCUUUCAUAGGAAAUUCUAAAACGGUGAUCCUGGAUGAACCCACAGCAGGAGUAGAUCCUUAUUCUCGGCGCUCCAUCUGGGAUAUUCUUUUAAAAUACAAAGCUGGCCGAACCAUCAUCCUAACUACCCAUUUUAUGGAUGAAGCUGAUUUACUGGGAGACCGUAUAGCAAUCAUUUCACAAGGACAAUUGAAAUGUUGCGGGUCGUCCCUCUUUCUUAAGCAAAAGCUAGGAUCCGGCUACUACCUAACUGUCGUCAGAAAAGACGAUACCAGUCACGACGGUCCAAUAAACAACGGUCAAGCAAAUGAAAACCAGGUCCCCCGAAACGCAAUGGAAAUUGAUACAGAAAGGAUUGUAACCUUGGUGAAGCGACACAUUCCAAAUGCAACUAUUGUUGAAAAUGUAGGGUCUGAUAUCGUGUUUUGCCUUCCCGAGUUUGAUGAAGCAGGACUUCGGCAGAGAAAUAAGUUUCCUCACCUUUUUGAUGAGCUAGACUUGAACAUGGAACAACUUCGUGUCGAUAGCUAUGGCGUUUCGGACACCACACUUGAAGAGAUUUUUUUGAGGGUGGCAGACGAUCCUUCCGCUGAUUCGAAUUUUCCGCCGCCCAGCGUUUCUGAUCUUGGAGACGAAAACCCAUACAGGGAAGAAAACGGUGGUUCUGAUUCCUUUAAUUUGGAAUCGAAUGAAAAACUGAAAGGAAAAAAAUUAGUAGCUCAACAAAUGAAAGCAAUGUAUAUUAAAAGAUUCAACAACUCCAAAAGAAAUGUGAAAGGAUUCUUCUGUGAGAUUGUGUUGCCAUGCAUCCUAGUCAUCAUCGGUGAGCUGUUCUCAUUGACUCUAGACCUGGAAACUCCUCAGCCACCCUUAGUUCUUUCACCUUGGCUAUACGGAGAUGUUAACCAAGUAUUCUAUUCGAAUCGCGAACUCAAUGACAACUGGGCCAAUGCAUACGUGCAUAAUAUGUUGAACGAAACGGGAAUGGGAGUCAGAUGUUUAGACGGCGAGCCGUUGCUUGGAUUAAAUUGUUCUAUAUAUAAUAUUGGACUACUCAAUCCCACUGCUAAUCCGGAAACUUAUCAAGAUAUCAACUGCCCAUGUAAUGACUUUGGUGCUCCCAUCUGCCCAGCCAAUGCCACACAAGGAGAGUUAUUCCACUAUGGCUCUGUUUCGUACGACGAAUUUUUUGAUCUAGCCGACAAAAACAUAUCUACCUGGAUACUUCGGACGCACGAAGAGUUCAACGAAAUCAGAAUCGGUGGUUUUGAAUUCGGCGUGCACCAGAAUCCACCCAUACAAAAUGCUUCUGAAAACAACGUGAGGGUGUGGUUUGAUAACAAAGCUUGGGCUUCCUCUGUCUCCUAUUUGAACGCGAUCAAUAACGUCAUCUUGCGUUCGUCUUUACCACCAUCAAAAGAUCCAUUUCUAUACGGGAUCACUGUGAUCAAUCACCCUAUGGAAUUCUCGUCUAGAGAAGUUGUUGAUAACGAACAAGUUGCGGUUAGUCUUGCGUACGCGCUCACGGUUUUGUUUGCAUUGAGCUUCGUACCCGCUUCGUUUGUCAUUUUCUUGGUAGAAGAAAGAACUUCCAAGGCUAAGCAUCUGCAGUUUGUCUCUGGUGUGAAACCGACAACUUUUUGGGUAGCAUCGUACACUUGGGACCUGGUCAACUAUUUGAUUCCAUGUAUUCUAGUAAUCCUGAUAUUCCUCGCCUUCGGUCAAUGGGAGUAUGUCGGAGCAACAAGCAUCGGUGGUUUUAUCAUUUUACUGAUACUUUUCGGUGUUUCCGCGAUUCCGCUUAUGUACCCGACAAGUUUUGUCUUUUCAGUACCGAGCACAGCUUUUGUUGGCCUAGCAUGUGCUAAUUUAUUCAUUGCAAUCGUCACAGUCAUUUCAUCUUACGUUCUUCAGCUCUUUGACGAUGAGCACUUGAUCGCAGUUGGUGAAAUCCUCGAUCAGGUGUUCCUCAUAUUCCCGCAUUUUUGUUUUGGUAGAGGUCUUAUAGAUUUAGCUGAAACCUAUUUCACAGCAAAGAAUUUCGAAUUGAUUGGUGUUGUUUACGAAAGAAACAUAUUUGAGUGGAAUUACCUAGGCCGCUACUUUGUUUGCUUCAUAUUGCAAGCCCUUGUCUUCUUCGCAUUUAACCUGAUGUUGCACUACCCUUUUUUCCCUAAAUUGAUUGCACGCUAUUAUCAGAAAAAGAGUUUACCUCCGCUAGGACCUGAAGAUGCAGAUGUCGCCCGCGAACGCGCUAGAGUCGAAAAAAGCAAUGCGUAUAUGGACGAGUUGCUCCUACAACGACUGACGAAGGUUUACAACGGACAGAAGAAUCCAGCUACGGAUAGAUUAUCUUUCGGCCUAAAGAAAGGCGAAUGCUUUGGAUUACUUGGGGUCAAUGGCGCUGGAAAAUCCACAACGUUCAAGAUGCUAACUGGAGAUGAAACUGUAACGAAUGGAAACGCUUUUGUCGGCGGGUCGUCUAUCCUCACGGACUUAAGCGAAGCCCAGCAAAACUUGGGUUAUUGCCCACAAGAAGACGCUCUUUUGCCCUUGCUGACAGGCGUUGAGCACCUACAGCUUUUCGCAAGGCUUCGUGGAGUUCCUAAACAAUACAUCAACAAGCUCGUCAACGAUAAUCUUAGGAAAUUAAGCCUUCUUCCUUACAAAGACCGCUGUGCGGGAACGUAUUCUGGAGGCAAUAAACGAAAGUUAUCGACAGCUAUAGCCUUAGUGGGAAACCCAGCAGUCGUAUUCCUUGAUGAACCGUCUAGCGGUAUGGACCCAAGAGCUCGGCGGUCUCUUUGGCAAGCAGUCAUUGACGCUGUAAACGAUUCGCGUUCUGUUUUGCUUACUUCGCAUUCCAUGGAGGAGUGUCAAGUUCUCUGUACUCGUCUAGCCAUCAUGGUCAACGGAACGCUACGUUGUUUGGGUUCUGCACAACAUCUCAAGAACAAGUUUGGCGACGGUUAUAUGAUAAACGUACGCUGCGAAGUGGAGACCAUAAGCGAGGUGUUGCAGUGCGUUGAGUCACUCAUUCCCGAAGCCCGACUUCGUGAACGGCGUUCACGCCAACUCAUUUGGCACGUCCAACCCAACCUGUUGCAGAUAUCAACAUUAUUUCAGCGAAUGGAAGACGCUCGAACAGCCACACCCAUGGUCGACUAUUCGAUCACCCAAACUACAUUGGACGAUGUAUUUGUCCGCUUUGCACGUCUGCAACGAGAAGUUCUUGACGACGGAGCUAGCGAAGAACCCGAUUUUGACUCGUCAACGCUAUCUGGAACACAUAAUAACAGUAUUUCAACGGAUGACGAUCUACUUACGUCGCUCUAAAGAAAUCCGUCGAACCUCUUUACAGUAUAUUUUGCUAAUUUAUACUCAUAUUGGACUAUAUCUGUAGGAUUUGUCACCGCAAUUCGAUGAGACUAAACGGUUGACGUUGUGAAA